UUUUCAUUUAUUUAUUGUGAACCGGAAGCAAAAUAGUUUGAGUCACUGCUCAAUAUGGCUUACAACUUGUCCGUGUCAGGAAAAAUUUCAGCAAAAUCUGCUGAUUUAACUUUUUUGAGAGCACGAGUAUUCGGUCUUUGCCAAGUCCCGUACAGAAACAAACAACUCUUUGAUAUUAUUUCAGCAUUUGCGUUUCUUAAAAGUUGUUUAAGAAAAAAAAAAAAAAAAAAAAAGCUCGCCUCGGUUAGUUUUUCGCGUGAAUUCGGAACUUGAGUUGCAUUUGUCGACGAGGCUGAUUUGCUUCUCGGCCAGGUAAACAGCGGACGACAAGCAACACGCGGCACUCAUCGAAACGGAGCACGAUUCUUUUUUAAAGAGCGCCGCGUGCUUAACGAGAGCGUGACAAAGAUGAGUGACGUGACGCCGCAUUAUAGCAAAAACAUUCCUCCGUCUGCAGUGUGCGCGUUGGCCUCCAGGGGCAGUAAACUGCAAACUUGCCUAUCAUUUGGACCCCCUCCCUGAGCUGCCAAAUAUUACGGAAAGUCCGUAAUUUAGUGACGGAAAAAUGAGAGAAAAACUAUGACUGUCAUCUGGCGUGACUGCUUGUACUUCCCAGCGUAUUUGUAAACAUCGAGAGUUUUGUUCAGGAUGUUUUUUUGGGACAGCUGCCCUUUCACAGAUGACGACGACGACGAUAUUCCACUUUGCAGUUGCCAGGGCAUCAAUCUCACCAACUGCCGCUACGACAGCGGUAGGUUGGAAAAACCAGACGGACGCAGCCGCAAAUGCGGCAAAUUAAAAAUGAAAAUCUUCUUUAUGCCAGUGCGUCGCGCGGCCGAGAAGUUAGGCAUCAAAGAGACGAAGGCGGGUGAAGACUGGACGCUGUUUUGGAGCGACGCCCGUCCUUGCGAGGACAAAUUUAAGGAAAUGAAACCGUACCAGAAAAUCAACCAUUUGCCCUCAAUGACUGAAAUCUGCCACAAAAAUUCCUUAGCAACGAACUGGAAGCACAUGCUCAAGUUUUUCCCCAAAGACUACAACAUUUUCCCCAGAACUUGGACCUUCCCCAUAGAGUGUACGGCUUGUUCAAAUCCUACGCCAGGGACAAAGACAAGUGUUACAUUUGCAAACCGAACGCAGGCAGCCAAGGCAAAGGCAUCUCCAUCUUUACGUCGUGGGAUAAAGUUCAGUCGGAACACGAUAUGAUCUGCC